AUGGACGGCGACGGCGAACUCCCCUUCGAUUUCUUCUUGCAGACAGCGUCUUCCGGUGCUGUGAUGCACCACAUCGACGAGGACGGGUGGGGGAUGACGCCCCCUCGUCUCCGGGGAUCCGCCGGCCGUGGCUUGGUGGCAGGGGGCCGCGGCUCGGUGGCCGGGGGGCUCGGCCGCGGCUCGGUGGCCGGGGGGCUCCGCGCUCCCAUCGGGUUGGAGAACAUCGACCUCAACGGCAACUCUGCCGUCGCCGCCUCCUACCCCAGCAUGGGCAUGUACACGCACCUUUUUCAUCCCGAGAGUGCGGCCAACCAUGGUGUGCCCCUCCAGCGGACCAGAUCGGACGGCGUGGUGCAGCGGCAGGGUCGUCCACCUCGCCAAGGUCUCCCCCCAGUGAGGGCCCCAGAUCAUCGUGGCAAGCAGGUCGUCGCAACAUCGGGACGAGGUGGUGCUGGUUCAAGUCGCUCAGGCAGCGGUAGGUAG